AUGGGGUGGGUCUCAUCCACCACAGUAUGGAUUACAAUAUGGAGUUGCUUAUUGCGGGGCUUGGAACUAGCUCCGCAAACAUCUCCAAAACAAAUUCCAUGUGAUAAAACAAGGAAAGUUUUUACUGAUUCUUGGGGAAUCAUCAGUGAUGGACCUUUAGGCUCAAAUUAUACUCAAGACUCUCAUUGUGAAUGGCUCAUAAAAGCAAACAACAGCCGUCAAUUUAUCACCUUAAGUUUUCGUACCAUGGGAACAGAAUGCAGCUAUGAUUAUGUUUUUGUUUAUGAUGGAGAUUCCUUUCGAUCUCCUCUUCUAGGUAGUUUCAGUGGAAAAACAGAGCCACAGCAAGUGACAUCAUCGUCCGGUUAUAUGCUAAUAUUAUUGUACAGUGAUACAAAUUAUGUUUUGGAUGGUUUCCAUGCAGAAUUCUCAGUUACAAAUUGCCCGAAUAAUUGUACAAAUCAUGGAAAGUGCAUUAACAAUAAAUGUGUUUGUGAAAAUGAUUGGGGUGGGAAAGAUUGCUCUAGAGCACUCUGCCCAAACAACUGCAGUUAUACUGGAGAGUGUGGCAUAAAGCGGUGUCAAUGUCAUAACGGAUAUUCAGGACAGUCUUGCUCAUUACAUAAUACACAUCCUGAAGGCAACAAGUGGCACUGGCUUUCACAUUCAGAAGGUGGAUUAAGGCCAAGAGCAGCACAUACAGCAGUGUAUGUAAAGGAAGCAGAUUCUCUUUAUGUUUUUGGUGGUUAUGAUCUCAAUGAUAUACUCAGUGAUUUGGAAGUAUAUCGAUUUAGUACAAGUCAGUGGGAAGAUGCAUAUGGUAAUGUAUUAGAACGUACUUCAUCCGCAGAAUAUUUAGAUCCUAUGCUCAUUGGCACUGAAUUAGAAAGGAUAGGUGCAGGUGCAAAAGAAUUGUACGGUGUUCGCGAAACAUCCCUCAUGUGGAGGGUUCUCUACAGUAUUAAAAACAAUAAUACUUUUAGUUUACGUAACCAUGGAAAUUUAGAAAAUGAACAUGAUUGGUCGGAAUUCAGGAAUACAGCAGACCACAAAGGACAUGAAAGAAAGAUUCAAGAGUCCAGAGAAGGUGAAACGAGUAAAAGUACAAUUAGAAUAGAAAGAAACGAUGAUCUUCGACGGAAACACUCCAGGCAUCCAAAACCCCGAUAUGCACAAACUACGAGACAUCGUAGAAAUCUUGAAGAUUUAGACCUUUACCGUGAACUUCAUGCUUCAAAUAUAAAAAGUGACAUAUUAAAUUGGGAAGAGCAAAACGUUGAUGACCCUAUUGAAGAGAAUAUUUUUAUUCAAGAGCCUAAAUCAGUAACAGAUGAAGCAUUCAACGAUGAAACUACUAAGUCACCCAUUGAUGAGUUGCCUAAACCAAGUCCACGUUAUGGUCACGCUGCUUGCAGAUACGACGAUGGUUUUGUUAUAUAUGGUGGAAAAGUGCAAGAUGGUUCUCUGUCAAACGAACUGUGGCAUUAUAAUGUCAAUACGCGUAUUUGGACAUUACGAGCUAAAAACUCUCCGUUCUACCCACCACAGUUAACAAGACAUACUCUUACAUUGGCAAACGAUUAUAUAUAUCUUUUCGGUGGUAGUACAGUCGAUGGUGAAUUUUCAUCAAGUCUGUAUAAAAUCAAGUUGAAUUUGUCUGAUCCCACCGCAACCACAGAAAGGUGGACAGAAGUACAUCCUCGUGGAGGUAAAGAACUAGACGUACGCGUAGUUGCACACUCGACUGUAUAUCAUCGUGCUACUAACUCUUUAUUAGUUUAUGGAGGCGUAGUAGCUAGCGUAGCACGUUUUAGUAAACUAUCGGAUAGAAUGUUUGUAUUUCAACUUGAUAGAAAAGUUUGGUCUGAAAUUCACUAUCCAAGAGCACAUUUGAGAGACACUUAUGUUCCGAGAGAACGGGCAUUUCAUACUUGCAACAUUAUAGGGAAUUAUUUAGUUGUAUUUGGUGGAUAUUCUCAUAGACACAAUAAAGAGGAGAUUUGUUAUGAUAAUCAGAUGUAUCUUUAUCACUUAGGCUGUCAUGCCUGGGUAAGUCAUGACGUACUCGGUUUAAAUGAUAAAGAUUCUCGUUAUCCAAAACAACAAGGUGUAUUUGCACACGCGGCAGAUGUACGCAAUGGAAACACCUUGUUAUUAGUCGGUGGUUAUCAUGGAAAUGUAAAUGCAGACUUACUCGCGUACACAUUACCACAGAUGCUAGCACCGGGAGAUGAAGAUUACAUAGAACCAGAACAGAUAUGUUCAAGGCAUAAAAGUUUAAUGGAAUGUGCAGCCAACCCUGAAUGUGGUUGGUGUUCAGCGGACGAGAUAUGUUAUGGCAGAACCAUCGGUAGCAAUUGUACGACUAAUCUUCAAACAACUCGUUGCCCAGGCGUUUGUCCUGCGCUUGGGGAUUGUCAUUCUUGUUUAAUACAUGGUCAACCUGGCGGGGGAUGGGGUACGACUGCUCGUGGAAAGAAAUCAGUUUCGAACAAGUUGAAUCUCGGAACUUGUACUUGGUGCGUCCAGAAUGCACGAUGUCACCAUAAAGAUGAUAAUUAUGGAGUUUGUGGUCUUCGAGACGAUACACCGUCUCAGAUACCUGGAUGGUGGGGUCCUAAGGGCACGGAAAUUAUAAAAGUGGAGGAAUGUCGGGAAAUGGAUAAAAGGCCAGGAUUAACAUUUUUAAAGUAUAAACCUCCAGUAAAUUUUAGCCAACCCGACUCCGUGACAAUAGUAAAUGCUACGACAGUCGACUUCAAUGUUCCAUCUAUGCAAGGUGCAAAAACUGAAUCCGCCCUUGGUGGAGAAAUGAUAGCCAGGUUAAUUGGAUUCCUUAGACCACCGCAGGCUUUUUGGGACAGCGCAGUAGAAUAUUUAAAGAUCUGCGUUAGUUACAACAGUGCAACUUUACAUGUAUCACGGACUGAUCAUCCUCAAGAAUUGGAAUUAGUCGCAAAUUUAACUGCCGAGACAUCGCAAUGCAUACCAACGAAAUGGCCAGAUGGGCAUUCAAUGAUGCUGCUACCAGGUCGAUAUCUGUUAGAUUUCGAAUCGAAAAGAAUGGUGACUACAAGUUAUGCGUACGCAAGUAAAAUGGAGAUCACUCAUAACAAAAAAACCGAGAACCCGAAAGUUUUCACGUUCGAAUAUCUUGAACCAUAUCAAAACGGAUCCUGCCAUCAGUAUAAAAACUGUCUUCACUGCUUAACUGAUUCGUCCUGUGGCUGGUGUGAUAUUAUUAAUAAAUGCCUUUCACGUUCAAUCAACGAGACUGAAAGUUGCGUGGCUGACGUGGAUUGGGACGAGGAUGGAAAUCCGAUUCGUGAAUGGCAUUACUUGACCAUCACUCCAUCGGCCUGUGCCAAUUGUUCGAAUUACAUCUCAUGCGAAUCCUGUGUUGGUAGCAACCUAUGCGAAUGGUGGACCGAGGAGGCUCGGUGUGCACGAAUCGGUAGACUGCCUAAUGCUGUCGUUAGUCUCGAUCAGUGUCCAAUUCCAUGCAGACAGCGUUCAAACUGCACACAAUGUUUAGACGAGCGUGGAAGAUGUGUGUGGUGUGAAGCUACACAAGAAUGCUUCUCCUUUUCAGUAUAUACAUCCGAAUAUCAGUUUGGUUUAUGUCGAGAAUGGAUGGAUCAAGCUGGGCUUAUGGGAGUAACUUCAAGGUCGGGAUCAUCCUUAACGGGUAACGACCAAUGCAAAAGCUGCAGUCGGCACACAAACUGCUCUAGCUGUCUACACUCGCUAAGCUGUGGUUGGUGUUACAGUUUUGAGAAUCCCAUUAUGGGAGCAUGCGUGCAAGGAGAUUUCAAUCAGCCGCAUGUUAAUUGUAGCUUCGUCAUUAACGAGUAUCAAAACGUCACCUUAGAGGCUGAUGAAUCAGGAUGGGCGUACGCUCAGUGUCCAGAUGUCGACGAAUGUGAUUUAGGUUUGCACGAUUGUCAUCCCAAUGCAUUGUGUACCAACACACACGGUAGUUUCAGCUGCCAGUGUAAACGAGGCUUCAACGGGGAUGGGAAAGAAAAUUGUACAAAAACGUGCUACGAGAAAUGUGUGAAUGGUUAUUGCAGCGAAGCGCCGGAUUACAAAUGCGAAUGUUAUCUUGGUUGGACAGGACCGGAUUGUCGAACGAAUUGCGGUUGUUACAACCAUUCUACUUGUGUACAAGGGCCAGGUAUUUGCGACGAAUGUCAGGACUGGACCACUGGGACGUAUUGCGAGGAAUGUAAGGCGGGCAGUUACGGGAAUGCCACGACACCACUUGGGUGCAAAAAGUGUAAUUGCAAUGAACAUGGAGAUAAGGACCUAGGGAUUUGCGAUCGACAAACUGGCGUAUGCUUUUGCCGCGAUAACACGCAAGGCGAUAUGUGUCAACGUUGCAAGAAAGGAUAUUACGGUGAUCCAAGAGACGGUGGAAUGUGUUAUUACGGUUGUAUAUCACGAGGCAUGCUAGGCGGUGAAGGAACUGGUAAACAGGGCCUUGGUAGUAGGCACUCGCAGUUAUCUUUAUGGGAAAGUCAUUUCGGAGAAUCACCGACAAGAGAAUGCCUCUGGAUAGUCAGCCCAAAAACAGAUCUUUCGUCGGAUGCAAUGCUCUCGGGAGCACAGAGCGUUAUACAAUUUACUAUACACGAUGAUAUUAAUGUUAGCUGUCAAGAGAAUAGCGUGUACGUAUACGAUGGACUUCCGGAAUUUGUUUCUUCAACUACUAGUCAUCAAAGUCAACUGUUAGGUGUUUAUUGCACGGAAAGUACAGAUUAUCCAGUAACAGUAGAAGCUAAGUCUGGAUUCCUUACUGUUCACUAUAAACAACUGGAUGAAGUAGAAGGCUUCAAUGCCAGUUACAUAAUAAUGACAUGUAAAAAUUGUCCUGGCAAUCGGGAAUGCCGCAACGGAAAUUGUUUAUGUAAAACUGGUUUCGUAGGGAUCAAUUGUGAUAUCGAAUUGUGCCCUAAUAACUGUACGUCGUCUAAAAAACAAGGAGUUUGCGACAAGGGUUACGGUCGGUGUGUUUGUACAGCAGGAUAUGGAGGACGUGAUUGUUCGAUUGAAAUCAAAGACCACCAAUUGAUCUUCACCGAACUAUUUAACUCUGAAUAUUUGGCGGAUCAUUUAGAUCAUCUACGAAAAACAUUACCCAGAUUCGGUCACACAUUGGUUGCAGACAGACGGGGUAGCUUGUGGAUGUUUGGAGGAUAUUCUCUCAGCCACGGUCCUUUGAAUGACAUUAGACUUUUUGAUACUAAAAAUAACACCUGGAUGCCUAUUACCGUAGAAUCUACCUCUGAAGCUUCCAUGCCUCAGGGUAGAUAUUUUCAUGCAACAGAGAUAGUUCACAGUAGGCAACAGAUAUACGUUUAUGGUGGUUUGUCUAUGAAAGAAGAAGAUGUUCAGGGACUGUCCAACAAUACGUUGAGUGAUUUCUGGAAAUUUAGUCUGCAGAACCAGAGAUGGAUGCAAAUUAUGCAGGAUGAGUCGAGAAGAGAACCUCCACCAUUAACUGGACAUACGUUGACUUUGCACAGAAAUGGAGAAUCAGAGAGUCUGAUAUUGAUCGGAGGAUUUAGUCCAAAAUAUGGCUACCUGGAUACAGUAUGGGAAUUCAAUUUGGAAACAGAAGCCUGGGAUACAAUAAACACCGUUGGAAACGGACCGUUAGGAGUUUAUGGCCACUCGACAGUGUACCACGGCAAGUCGGAUAGCUUUUAUAUCUUCGGUGGAUACACAUAUGCAAUAAAUCGAACAUUCAUUUCCAACAAAUUAUACGCUUUGAAUUAUAAAACUCGUACAUGGUCUGUACUUCCACCAUUCGACGAUGAUUUCACUGAUGGAACUAAUUUUCCUCAGGCAAGAUUUCUUCAUUCCGCAGUUACCACUGAUGAGUACAUGGUUAUAUUUGGUGGCCGUCAAAAUCCUCAUAAUACUUCUGAUUCAUUGAUUGCUUAUAAAUACUCGUGUAACUUAUGGAUUCGUUUAAUAACAAAAGAUAUGGAAGUCAUUGGGAGUCCUCCGCCACCAGCAUAUGCUCAUGCUAUGACUCAUGCUGAUCCAGAAUCUAAUGCUGUGUACGUUGUUGGUGGUUUCGAUGGAGGAAUUAAGAGUCAUGUUACUCUAAUCAGUAUACCUGAGGAUUUAUGCAACCUUUGGACAGAUAAAAGAACUUGCAGACAAUACUUUGGAUGUUCCUUUUGUUCUGUAACUACAAUUAGCGGGAACAAUGCUUCGUUCUGUUUCUCCAAUGAAGUAUCCGACAAUAAGGAUGACAGAUGCGAUAUUAAUGUUACUCAAGCUCAACGAUCAAACGGGAUCUUUUGCAAUUUGGAAUGGAUGGCAAGCAGAAAAUGUCAGAACUUCAGAACUUGUACCGAGUGUUUAGCAGAAUGGCCGUAUUAUAAGAAUGAGGAACCGGUGUGUAAGUGGUGUACAAAUUGUCCGAACGGAAAGUGCAUACCGUACGAGAAAGAUUGCGAUGAGUUAAAUAAGUGCAGUGUCCGGCAAAUAUCGGUGACAGAUGUAAAUCAGUGCGGUGAACGGCAGUGUCCAGCUAGCGACUGUGAAAAAUGCAAUAGUCUCGAAGGCUGUGCAUGGACAAGGCAGGUCUUGAAGACUUCUGAAUUAGGAGUCGCAGUAACAGGUGAACCUGUGUACGACUGGAAUUGCGUACCUGACGACAUUUUUGAAAGAUCCAGUAUUAAAAUGGGGAGCACACAAUGCGAAAAACGAUGCGCUGAUCAUAAAGAUUGUAGAAGUUGUUUGAAGGGAACAGGAGCUGAAGGUGGAUGGCAGGAAUGUAGAUGGUCAACGCAACUUAACGAAUGCAUCUCUCCAUCGUAUCAACCUCUUUACUGUGCUGGUGGUGUAUGCGGAUUGGUACUGCGUAACUCUGACAUGGAUCAUUGUCCUGAACCAUGUUCAGUUUUCAAGCAAUGUAGCACGUGUCUGAAGCAUUCACAUUGUGGAUGGUGUUCUUUAGAUGUGGCUAAUGUAACUGGUCAAGGAAUAUGCACAGAGGGAUCACUUGAAGCGCCGGCUGAUCAUCCGGCUGGCGGGACAUGUGAAAUGCUUUAUUAUCAACAGUUUCCCCAAACGGAGCCGCCACUCGUCACCACGUUGUUCCCACAUUACGGAGAACCACUUGAAAAUCUAGACAAUGUAACAAUGUCAACUCCAAGUACAGUAUCGAAACCAGUAUUCUCUUGGCAUUACGUACGGUGCCCUCCAGAGAACGAAUGUACCAACGGUCACCAUACAUGCUCCCCAAAAAGCGAAAAAUGUUUCGAUCAGGAGGAAGGAUUCGAAUGCAUGUGUGGCGAUGGAUAUAAAACAGAAACUCCAUCGUCAUUUAAUGAAUUUGGAAGGAAAAUUUGUGUACCAAUGUGUACCCAGGGAUGCGUUCGAGGAACGUGUGUAGAACCAAAUGUUUGUCGCUGUGAUUUUGGUUAUGUCGGUGCCAAUUGUUCGAUUCAGUGCCAGUGUAAUGGCCAUAGUAAUUGUGCAGGUCCAGAUAAAUUAGACGUCUGUUUAGAGUGUCAUAAUAAUACGAUGGGGCCUCAAUGCGACAAGUGUUUACCUUUAUUUGUUGGAAAUCCAGCGGACAAUGGACAGUGUGUACCAUGCCUUGAGUACUGUAAUGGACAUACUCGAAUUUGCAUUAACGAGAGUAUGACCGUACCGGAUCCAAAUUCCAUUAACAAAAUGUCCAUAGAAUUGUUGAAGAAACAAUUAGUCGAAGGUCCUGUAGCCAAGGCAAAGUGCGUAAACUGCGGUAAUAGUACAAAAGGCGACAAAUGCGGCGAAUGCAUGAUGGGUUAUUUCAGAGGAACAGAAGAUCUUCGUGAUGUCUGUCGACCUUGUGAGUGCCAUGGUCAUGGAUUUACGUGCGACCCUGUAACGGGAGAAAAGUGCAAUUGCGGUAAUAAUACUGAAAGCGAUUCAUCUUGUACCAGCGGACCUAUAAAGGGUACGAAUACUGGCGCGCCACCGUGCUGGAUGGUACAAUGUAGUAAAUGCAAAGAGAAUUACGCUGGCACACCAACAAUGGGUCAUCAGUGUUACAAAACUGUAACCGUUGACAACAAAAUGUGUUUCGACUCGAAACUAAUAGAUGAAUGUAAAAUGAAACCGAAACCAUUGAAUCCCGGCCAGACGGUAUUCUACAUGGUGCAACCUCGUUUCCUGAACGUCGACAUCAGAGUUAUGGUGGAUGUAACUCAAGGAGCUUUAGAUCUGUUUUUCAGUCCUCGUGACGACUCCUUCGUGGUUAGCCUAAAUACAUCAACGGGAUACCAGGAUGUCGAAUUGGACAGCAGGUUGGUAUGGCGCAAGGAUUCGCGUAAUAUGUGGUUCGACAAACAUACUCGUAGCACCGUGAGAGUCGUCGAAUACCAUCCGCACAGCGCAUACUUGUAUGGUUCUAAUGGUACUACACCUGAGCCAAAUUGGAACACCGGUCCGCAAUAUUACGUAAUGGAGCGUUAUGCAGAGAAUAUCGCCACUUUCGUAACGAUCAACAAAAGAAAUACAAUUCUAGUUGUCAGGAAUCUCACGAACCGAUUGGUAUUAACGUUGCCGCAGGAUAAACACGAGCUACAUCAGACAAAAUUUCAUGUUGCCCUGCGAGCAAUCGAUCCUAUCCAUCCAGAAGUAAGUGGUCGCGCUGCCUACGGAAUGAUUUUCUUCCGGCAAGAUCAGCUGCACAUCGAUCUCUUUGUUUUCUUCUCUGUGUUUUUCUCCUGUUUCUUUUUGUUCCUGGCUGCUUGCGUGGUCGCGUGGAAAACAAAACAGGCAGCUGAUGUUCGAAGGGCACGGAGGAGACAUGUUGUCGAAAUGUUGCAUAUGGCUAAAAGGCCAUUCGCGUCGGCUACCAUUAUUUACGAUCGUGAUGGUAACGACUGUAGUCCAAGCUCACCACAGAGAAAAAGUAGACGCAACAAGUUGGUUAACUUUCAUAACGACGUGAGGCCGGUGGCAGUUGAGCCAACCGACGACGGUGUCGCGGCCGUAGCCACAGUUUUUAUCAGAUUACCAGGUGGUCGACAGGCACCUGUUAAGCUUGCUCUUGGCAGCUCGUUGAUACUAUUGACCAGAGUUUAUCCGGUGAAUAGCAGGGUGUUCCUAAGACGUAGAAACAGUCAUGCGUUGAACUGA